AUGCAACCCUGUAAAUGCAAGGGAAAGAAACUAUUUAUUUUACUAAAGGAAAAGAACAGAAAGCGUGCCCGGGAUGGAAGCCCGCAGGAUGGAAGACCAAAAGAGAAGCGAUCUCGAGAUCUCAUAGAAAUAGAGGAGAGGAAUGGAUACAGAUCUGAUGAUAGCCCUGAGAGGUUUUCCAUUCCUCCACCUCCUCCACCAUCUGUAGCCAGGAAUAUUCCAUCAAUGCUGACACCAUCCAUUAGUUUACCGGAGAUAUCUCCAGUUUAUAAACCACUGCCAAGACCUCCAAUAGAGUCCAGGCAUGCAGCCUCAGAGGAUGAAAGACUCGGAGUACUCAUGGGACAGAAGAAAACACGCUCUGCAGUUUACAGCGGCAAGAAGCGCACUAGAUUUUUCCAGGAGGUUCCCUCGCUGUUUGAGCAGUGUAUCAUGGUUCUACAGGAUCAUGUUGAUGAUAUUGAUGAGGUUGGAAACCUGAACUACGAUGUGCUUGAAACUGUUCUAGAGCGGGCUAGUCCUAAAACCUUGAUGCAUAUCGAGGAUUUGAACACGCAUCUCAUGACAGGACCAACUAACACGUCAAAGUUAUGGGAGAAGCACUGUAUGAGGGACUUCCGGUCCAAGGAGAGAGAAGAGAUGGAGAGCUGGAGAGAGAUGUACGAGAGGUGUACUCAACAGAGGCAGGAUAAGCUAGACAAACUCAAGGUCAGUGUGUACACUGUACUGUAGAGGCGUACUAUACAG